GAAUUUCCAAGAAAAAAAGUGAAUUUUUAGUAAAAAAUCACCCAGAAGUAAUCAGGACAUAAUGGCGUGGCGUUCUAUUGGAAAAGACAAUGCAGAUUUAGUGAGAAAAUUGCGAGAAUUUAACAUCAUCACGGGGGAUAUGGUGGAAAAGGCAAUGGUAGACACAGAUCGCAAGUUUUACUGUCCACAUAAUCCUUAUAUGGAUGCACCCCAAGGAAUCGGAUGCGGUGUAACAAUUUCUGCUCCUCAUAUGCACGGCUACGCUUUAGACCUUCUCCGAAGCCACGUCCGUCCUGGCGGGAGGGUUUUGGAUGUUGGUUCAGGAUCGGGUUACUUGACGGCAUGCUUUGCGCGCUACAUGAAAGCCCUCGGGGACGAUGGAAGUGGCCUAGUAGUUGGCAUUGAGCAUCAACCGAAGCUCGUUGAGCUAUCCAUCCAGAACAUCAGGAAUGACGAUCCUAGUCUUCUGGAUUCGGGAGCCAUUAAGAUUGUUCAAGGGGACGGGAGAUUGGGAUGUCCGGAACAUGCUCCCUACGAUGCAAUCCACGUGGGUGCUGCUGCCCCAGAUACUCCCACGGAAUUGAUAACACAACUCAACAACGGCGGACGGCUUGUGGUGCCAGUGGGACCAGAGCAGGGUAGUCAAUACUUAGAACAAUACGACAAGGAUAGCAGUGGAACCGUGACCAAGACACGCCUGAUGGGAGUUCGGUAUGUACCACUGACUGACCUUAAGACACCCUGACUAUUUUGCGCCUUAAAGUUGGUCGUGGUUUUGAUUUUGACUCUAUUUGUUGCCUACAAGAUUUACAGGGUGCUCUGAAAGUGUGUAAAGGGCAUCCUAGUUGCAAGAUAUUUAUUUAAUAUCACACGAUUCAACUAAA